GGCAACAUGGGAACUUACUUACUCGCGGAUCACUGCAGUCACACCAACAUGUAUGAUUACAACCCGUGGUGGAUGGUAGAUCUGUUUGGGACAUUUCUUGUUGAACGUGUCACACUAACCAACAGAGGGGAUGCCUCUUGGGACCGACUCCACAGCUUCGUCAUUGAAAUAUUUGCACAAAACCCGACAACACAUCCUAGCAGUUCUUCUCAAGUCUGUUUCAACUACACUGGCGUGGCGCUGGGGAAGGCAGACACCAGGACAUUGACCUGCGAGAGGUCAAUAAGAGGUCGCUUUGUCCGAAUUAGCAAGUGGAAAGUGGAUGCUUAUUAUGAUGUUUUGACUUUGUGUGAAGUCCAAAUAGUUGGAUGCGGUUUUCCAAGAAUCCUUCCCCGCGUCUCCAAAACUAGUAUGACAUCGAAAAACUCUCAUCGUGUAACUACCACAACUCCAAUGAAUUGUGCCGUGAAAUGCGAUAGGAAAACCAGAUGUCUGGCAUUCAACUUCAACGUCAACACACAUGAAUGCGAGCUCAUCUUAAAGCCCGUGAUCAACAAUGUGAUGACGCCACAAGCAGACUGGAACUACUAUGGACCAGAUUUGAACUGAAAAGAACAAAUAGAGACAAUACAGACAAUUUAAGUAUAAAAGAGAUCCCAAACAAAUGUUUCACAAAAUGUUGUAAAUACUUAAAAACAUUUUGGUUUAUUUUUAUUUGUUAUUGUUAUUUUGGUUUGUUUUGUUUUGGUGGCGGGUUGUUUUAUGUUUGGGUUGUUUAUUUGUUUAGCUAUGAAUUAUCGAAAAUAUCAUAAAGAUAUAUGCAAUGAAGGAAUUAUCAUAUAGGAUUUGAUUUCAUAUUAUUAAAUGUAUGCAUGUCAAUUAUUUUAACUAAUAUAGGAUAUUUUCGCAUGCUAUUAGAUAAUUCGUCUUGUAAAAAUGUAAUUGUCUAGCUUUAUAGUGUGUUAUUAGCUUUCUGACUUUUGGCUGCAUAGUCAUAUUUCUACCAAAUUAUCGACGGUUUAUUCCAUGAAAUGUAAGUGCCCAGUUGCCUUUGUUUUCUAACACACCCGUUGGUGAGAACAUCAUGCGGUA